UUUUUGUAGCAUUAAGUUCUCUAGAUAAAUAGAAUAAGGCAACCCGUCAAUCAUCAGCAUUUAUAACACUUUUACUCAGAAGUUGAUCCAAAAUUUUUACUAUGUGUUUAAAACAACAACUUGUCUAAACUGAUCCCAUGAUUAAACAAAGCUAAAUUUUAGAAAAGAUUUAAAACGAAAAAGUUUAACGAAUUACAAAAGAAUGAACUGGAAAGACACUUGCUCAAUUAUUUUAACAAGUAUUGACAUGUUUAUUGUUGUUGGUGGAAUUGUGGGUAAUUUUUUCAUCCUCAUUUUAAUUAUAAGGAAAAAGAAGAGCGAUGAUUUAACAAACUAUUUUAUAUUUAACUUGUCAUUGGCUGAUUUGGCAAUAUCUAUUUUUGUCAUACCAUUUAGCUUACCUUCUUUAAAUAACGUCUGGAUUCCAAAAAAAUGGGAUUGUACUUAUCUAAUGCCAAUAUUAGAGCACUUUGCUGGGGUGUGCGUACUCACUCAUACUGCAAUUAGUCUUGUCAGAUAUUUGGUUGUUUCGCAGAAUAAAAUUGUCCAAGCAAUUAAACUAAAACACAUCGUGUUUGUUAUAGGACUUAUAUGGUUAGUAGCAUUUGCUAUUAUAUCUGCUAGUAUGAUGGGCGGACUUGGGCGAUUUAUUUUGAAUAACACUUCUGGCACUAAUAAAACAGAAAAAAUGACUUGCGAUGUAGAUUUUUAUGGAGAAUCGAUUCGAAAAUAUGUCUACGCAAUAAUGAUAUUUUCUCUUACCUAUAUUAUACCAAUGGUAUGCACUGGCUUUUCAUAUUAUCGAAUAUACAAAGUUGUUUCAGAUAAUGCAAAGAGUCUUAAAGGAAUGGUGACUAAUGACUUACUGGUUUCUAGAAAACGUAGCUCUAAACGGUUGAAUCGUAUUCUGUUGACAAUGUAUAUAUUUUUUGGAAGUACAACGUUACCUAUUCAAGUUUUAUAUUUAAUAGAAGGAGUUACAACAAUUGGUAAUAUAUUCAAAGAUAUUUGGCCAGUAACGUUUACUCUUUUUUAUUUGCAAGUUGUGACGAACCCCCUGGUUCUUUUAUACAUGAGGACGGAGUACAGAAAGGAGUUGUAUAAAAUUUCAUUCUGUUUCUGUUUUUCACGCCAUUAUAAUUCACAUCAUAAUUCUCCUCUAAGAAUUAAUAAAGGUAAAAUAAAAGGUAAAAGUUAUUACAAACAAGUUUCUAUGGCAACAGAUAAACAAGUUUUUGUGAAGUCAACAGAGAGCCAUGUUUUUGUUAAACAAACAGAGAAUUUUUUCGCGUACAGGAAGUAUAAAAACCGAUUUCGUUUAAAAAUGUCAGGGAAACAAACAACUCACAAAAAUGUAACUUUUAGUUGCACUAAAGAGUCUAAAAAAAUAUCUCUAGUCGCAAAAACAAAAAUCGAAUAUUUUCCUCAAAGCGACGAUCAAGUUUGCCAAAGUAAGAAUAUACACACAGAUAUUUUAAAUCACUCAUUUCUUGAAUCACCAACAAAUAUAGUACCAAAUUUUGAAUUCAAAUGUUUUUUAUUUUCUAAUCCUCAAAAGGAGGCUAAUUUAUCAGACAGCUCGUCUCCAUCGUGUGCAAAUGAAUACUUGACAAGACAAGAAAACGUAUUUGAACGUUUUGACAGAAAUUGCUACUCGUUUUCUGUCGACAAAACAAAUGAUUAUUUGCUUGACGACUUGCUAUUUGAUUCAAUGAAAGAAACGCUUCUAUAAACACUUCUAUAAACUUAUGCGUAAUUUUAAACAAUUGAAAAUUAUUAUACAAUAUAACUUAUUUCUAUUGUU